CAUAUCAUCUAAACUCUUAAUUCAUAUCAUUAUUGCUUAAUCUAUGUAAUCGAUAAUCAUUUUGGUAUCGUUCAAAGAGAUUGCUGGUGGAGGGGUGGAGGUCAAAAGCAUUGAGUUUCAAAAAGACCAAGAUGCUCUGUAUUAUCAGUUCUAUCAGUACUGUGCUAACAGUUCCUGUUUUCUAAACCCCAUCAAUGGUUUUUUUUUCCUCCAGCUUGCGGAUAUAAAGUGUAAAACCUACGGCACAGUGGUCAGAAAGACCCGUCGAUUCAAGCAUGCUACAAUAUAUAGGCUACAGAAAUGAUACGUAGUACCGCCAUUGGUUUAUCUUCCCGUUAUUUAGCCUAUACUCUGGAGCACUAAAUCAUCAAAGCUUCGCCGACAACCAUAGAUAACUACUCGCAUACUGAAAGAAACGAUUUUUUUCCCGGUAAAAACAGCCGCAUCGAUAUAGACGCGACGCACACGUCUGAUCCCAGGUCCUGAAAACUGAAACGCAUCCGUUUAGUGGCGGAAACAAUUUUGGGAGAGGUUGCCAAUAAGAAUCCUGCAGCCGCAUGCUAACCGGAUGUUUAUGACAGAAGGACUAUUCGUCGUCGAGAAAGGCCAGAGAUAAACUUAAUGAUAGAAGACUACUGCAACAUCGUCAACUCGGUAGUAAGAGUUUAAGGAGGCACCUGAGCGCCUGAGACUACUUUGUCGCGGACUGCUGCAGAGUAGCAGGCCAUGGCUUCCGAGCUCCUCGUUGACCUUCGGGAAGACCCUGCGGCGGAGGAGACCCCAGCCAGUCCCCUCGAUCAGCUGGAGGACGAGCAGUGGCUCCCAGAUGAAAUGAGCCUGAGCAAGUCUGAAACAGACAUCGCCAAACACCUGAAGGAAGAGUUGCACUUAAGCUGGGAUGACCCGUACUACGACAUCGCCCGGCAUCAGAUCGUCGAGGUGGCAGGUGAUGAUAACUAUGGAAGGAAAGUGAUUGUGUUCAGCGCCUGUCGGAUGCCCCCAUACCACGAGCUGGACCACCACAAGCUGCUGAUGUAUCUGAAACACACCCUGGACCAGUAUGUGGAGAGUGACUAUACCCUGAUCUACUUCCACCACGGCCUCACCAGCAAGAACAAGCCCUCGCUCAGCUGGCUCAGAGACGCCUACAGGGAGUUUGACAGAAAGUAUAAGAAGAAUAUCAAGGCCCUGUACAUUGUGCACCCCACCAUGUUCAUCAGGACUCUGCUCAUCCUUUUCAAGCCACUCAUCAGUUUUAAGUUUGGGCGAAAGAUCAAUUACAUCAACUACCUGAGUGAGCUGGAGGACAUUGUGAAGUGUGACCAGCUGGUAAUUCCGACCAGAGUCCGAGCCUACGAUGAGAAGAUUAAAGCCUCGCUGAAGGUCUCCACUCAGGUGCCUGCGUCCCCCCCUCCUCUGCUUCCCCACCAGCAGUUUGGAGUCCCUCUGUCUCUGUUAAAAGAAAGAGAUCCUGCGAAGGAGGCGGUUCCCCUAGUUAUGCGAGAGACGAUCAGCUACCUAACUGAACAAGGUCUGCAGACAGAGGGCAUAUUCCGGAGGUCCGCCAACGUGACCCUUGUCAAGAAUAUUCAACAAAAAUAUAACUCAGGGGAGGCGGUGAGCUUUGCGGAGAUGGAGGAUGUCCACCUCGCUGCCGUCAUCCUCAAGACAUUCCUGAGGGAGCUGCCUGAACCUCUCCUCACGUACCAGCUCUAUAACGACAUUGUCAACUUUCACAAUGUUGACAGCAGCUCCCAGGUCAGUGCUAUCCGUGGCAUGCUGCAGACGCUUCCAGAGGAGAACUACGCCUCGCUGAAGUUCCUCAUUCAGUUCCUCGUGUUGGUGUCUGCACAGAGUGAGGUGAACAAGAUGAACAACACCAACCUGGCGGUGGUGUUUGGGCCAAACCUGCUCUGGGGCCGAGAUGCCGCCAUGACGCUGAGCGCCAUUGGGCCCAUCAACAACUUCACCAGAGCCCUGCUGGACGAGCACAGCCAGGUCUUUGAGCCCUAACCAGCCCCCAGACCACCCACCAGCCUCUUAUCCACUGUCACAAACCAAACUAGGAGCAGCUGGGGUAAUGGCCCUCCAGGAUUUUCCUUUGUCUUUUUAAAGGCUUAUUGGGGCCAUGAGUGAGCUUAACUUGAGUCUUUCAGACUUUCUUGUUGCCUCAUGCCCCUAAGACAGAGGGGUGGGGUUAAAGGAUUAUUUGCAUCUUGCAGUGAGUUAGCUGUCUAGCUAGGGAAACAUUAAAGGUUUAAGAGGAUGUUGCCCAUACCACAUAAUAUGAGGAGGCAUGCGGCUAAAGGCUGUUGUACAUUAAAAAUAUGAAUGCAAGUGGUUUGUUCAUGUUAUCUGGUUAGCACAGAACAUUCCUGCUUAGCUGAUUGCUCAAUAAACAUGUUUGGCAUAUGACAAAAGCUUGAUAGCUCAGUAACUUGGCUAGCUACAUGUGUAAAGUUGCUGUCUGUAAUGGCAUGGUUUUUGUUUUGAGAGGGGAUCGUAGUCAAUUGUCGGUUCAGCUGACAUGCACUAUGAUCACUGCUACUUGCCUUUGGUAUCUGCUUUCUUGCUAGCAAGCUGUAAUGGCUGCUGUUUACCUGUGUUGCUAACUUAGAACACUAGUAUCUAACUAUAUAGGUAUGUAUCCUGACCAGUAACAUUCAGUUCUGUUUCAAGUAACAUUAUUAAAUGUUCUUUUUUAUUUGAUAUUUGUAUUCCACCUAUCCCAAGUCUUAAAACCAAGGAUAAUUGUGGAUGUGCACAAUUAGCUAACUAGUGAUUCUACAUUUUGUUGAUGCUGCAGAUUUUACAAAUUUUUUGCAUUUGUAUGUUUAAUGAGCCUUAAAGAAAGGAAAAAAAAAAAACGCACAGCAAAAUCUCGAUCAUGAUAGUAAAUUCCCAGCUUCCUCUCGGGUGUGUGGUGUCAGGGGCUGUGUCCUCCUUUUGGAAAUCCAGAGAGUAAAAAUAUUGGGGCUUCCUGGUUUGGUGAGUUGCUAGUUCCAGGGUGUCAGGUGGAAAAGUGACUGUCUGGCCCUUUCCUCACACCACUCCUUGUCUGGCACUUAACUGCCUGUGCUUUGCCUUCUUUAGAAAAACGCUGUGUAUGAAACCAUGGUACAUCAUUCAUUUGGUACUGUCAGAAUCAAGACAAUCAAAACCAGUCGUCCUCUGUCUUUGUGGAUGGCACUGCUGUGGCAAAAUUAUUUUUAUUACCGAAAUGGUAUAGUCCACAAGACUUCAUGGAAUUCUAACAAUAUGGAAAAAUUACACAUUCAUUUAUUUGCUUAACUGAAAGCCAGGUUGUAAAAAAAUGUUCACUUUUUAACUGUCACAAUUACAUUGUUUGUUUAUUAAUAAUUUAACAUAGUAAAAAAGCUUGCUAAUUAGGUAUGGAUUUGAGGUUUGCUGUUUCAGAGCAAUCUGUAAAUUUAAAUCAGGAUCAGAUAUCCUGAGUUGGGGGUACCAGUCAUAUACCACGUAAGUGGACCUUACAAAGCUUAUUUUCACAUUGAUUUAAUGUCCGUACAAACGCUUUGCCAGUGUCGUCUUACUUUCUCAUGCAAACAUAGAUGCUUAUUGAAGAAAACCCCAAGCUUUGACAGUAUGGCAUCAUGCAAAACAAGAAGCCACUUAAAAUAUAGAUUGAUGGUUAUGUUUUUUUCCUCAAAGAUUUCUUUUAGUAAACUAAUACUAGGUGUCUUUGUAUUCAGUAUUCAAACUUUCAACUACUUACAAGGUCUGGUAUGUUUGUUUUUCGGUUGUAUUAUUUGUUAUUUUCAAAAAAGUUGGAUGUGUAUGUUGUAUGUCUCCAACAAUUUUGUAAACUUUGAACCAACAUAAAGAAGAAAUCUAUGAAAAAGGCACAAAAACAGUUAAUUAGUUUCUGGAUUUUAUGCCAUCCUUGAUUUACCUGUUGAACUGCAGCACGGGUUGAUAUGACAAUAUAAAUGUAAUAGCAUAAGUUUGAGGAACAUGAUAUCAGACACUCUUCAAAAUAUCCAUGCAGACAUAUCAGAGAGAAAAAUCAUUUCCUAUUUAUCAUAUUCAAAUUACAAAUUCAAAUUAUAAAAAAACAGCAGGUAAAAAAAUCAGAUAAUCAGUAAUCCUGGCCAUGGCCUCUGUUAACUGGGCAUGUGGCACACUUCUGGUUUGGCUCUCAGUUUAAUGUUAGGCAAGACCAAUGACAUAUACAUUAAUUAGAUAGGCAGACCUGCUUCCAAACCGUCAGCACUCCAAUAUAGUAUCGGAGGCUAAAAAUAUGUCCAUAUUGGAAAAUUGGAAAACUGUAGGCUUCUAUGAAAAAAAGGGUCAAUCAUAAUGUUCUACAUGCCCUGUCAAAGAUUACUGGAACAAAAACUCAUGCCUUGUCCUGUUCCAUUUUAGGUGUUCAGUACCAACUAGGGGAGAAUUAUCCCAGUUCUUAAGAAACAAACAUUAGUUCCAGCAGAUAUGGUUAAAUAACAGACUGUCCACAACCAACCUGAAAAUUACUGUCAGGUAAAUCCUUCAGUUUCAGUACAGCUCUGCCAUCUGCAGAUUGUGGAGUAGUGUAAUUAUGUUCCCAAAUCUUCAAUAUGAAGUAAACCAAAUUCAUAAUUUUUUCAUGUAACUAGAGAUAAUAAGCUUGCGCCCAGAGUUUCUCUGAUUGUUUACAUGAGUGUGAGAUGAGAGGUUGAGUUCCUUCACUGUUCACAUGUUUGGAAUGUGUUGCAGUCAGUAGAUUCCUUGUGAGGGUAAUAUUGACACCUUGACCCAAGACCCACUAACUAAAAGUCGAUCAAUGAGUAAACCGAUAGCUGAGAUAUUUUGUAGUGCAAGUAAAAUGAUAGCUGAAAUAUUUUGUAGAGUUUUUCUAUUCCAUGUUGUUCUUGUCUUUUGCCAAGAUGUCAGUUGAUUCUGUGAUAUUUAUAUGAAUUUGAUAUUGUCUGUUAACUACCAACAUUUAAGAUUUGUGCUGGAGAGAGGGUGUUAGUAAUAGUCUUUUUCCUACUGUACUUGAAAGUACGCUUCUUCUUCUAAAAGUCAGUUUUCUUCAGUGUACCUGGACACCUCUCUACUCAUGUCAGUGUUCUAGUAAUGACUGCAUAUCAGUGGCUUACUAGAACUGCUGUAAUUCCAAAGUGUCAUGUGUGCCUUAUUUCACUACAUUGUAAGUGGAUAAGCUGUCAACCCUUUUACUGGUCUGGUACCUUUGCAGUUGAUCAUGCCAUUUUGUUACCUUUAUUCCAGUGCUUAUUUAAUGCUUAAAGGUGGUGAUAUUGUUCAUUCUUAUGUGAGAAGUAAUCAAACAGCUUCAUCACAGCCUGGUAACAAAAAUGUGCAAAAAAUAUU